GAAGACAAGGAGUUAAAAGACGCGUUAGGUCGUUAUGUGAAGCAAAACCUUCGUCGAAUUGAACUUUUAGACUUUGUUUCAAGAGAUUUUAGUGAAUAUGCGUGGAGUUUAAGGACGCCAGACAGAAGACUGGAGUACUCCGGAAUCAGAUACACAGACCAAACCGUUCAGGUGGACGAGGUUGAAGAGGCAUUAAAGAAAGAAUUGGAAGGGCCGGGAAAAUUUCUUGGCUACCGAGCGUUGCACAAAAAACUUAGACAAGUCCACGAGCUUAACGUUCCGCGGGAUCUUGUAUAUGCCGUGAUGUACAAUGUAGAUCCAGAUGCUCUCGCCGAAAGGGCUCCCCAAUUUAAGAAGAAAGCCAAAGACAAUUUCACAUCACGCGGUCAAGCCAAGGUAACAUAG